AUGGCUUCCCACGCCGCCAUGCUCCUGGACCCGCGGGCCUACAAGAAGCAGCUUCAACAACAGCAGCAGAAAAACAAUGGUAACUCCCCGGUUCCCACUCGAACCCCAUCGGAUCGCUGGAGCGAUGGACCCGGUGAUCCUUACCAAGAGGACCAUCACCAACACCGUCCAUAUUCCUUGCCUGCUUCACUGCGUUGCCCCUCCCCUCCAGAUGACCCCAUCGACUCAGACCCCAACGAAAACUCACAUAUUUUCCCAGUAGGAACAAGCGCCCAACAGGAUCCGUCGUCCUCGCCUCAGCGCACUGUCGUUGCGCCGCCCGCGGGAACCGCCUCCGCUGCCCAGCGGCUUUUGAGUCCCCGGCGCCGUCUGCCGUCGCAGCGGGCGAGUCCCAGGUCAAAGUCCAGAUCGCAGUCACUAUCUACGAGGUCGCCGAGUACUCGCGAUACGGGGAGUUCGUCGCCGCAGCAGCAGGAAACGAGUGUGGAACCUGCGCUUGAUGUGGAGUUUGCUAGUGCUCAGUUCGAGGACCGGACGGACGGCAAACGGCCUUCGGAACAGAUGGACGAGACACGCCAUGGGAGCUUAAUUGAAAAUAUGUACGGGGUGGAGGGGCGUUCUAGCCAGCUAUAUAAGAGGGUCAAAGUAGAAGAGGAUGGGCCAAGGUCUGUAAACCGCAAGUUCACAGGCGUGGGAAAUACGGGCUUGGGUGAUUGGAUGAAGGAUGGCCGUUCCAAUUCGAAUUCCCCGGCCGUGCUGCCUGAUAUUGUUGACUUGACUACUGAUGUGUCAGGACCAGCGACUGAUGAUGACGAUGUGCAGGUCACCGGCUCGAAUGACCUCAGUCUUCAGCGGGUCUGUUACGGGAAAAUUGAGAAUGCCACGAUCCAGGCGCAGUUGGUUCCUAAGCCUUCAUCACAGACUAUCUUUGGCGACUCCACGCAUGACUGGCCUUCCAUGAAGCUAGGCGUGCAUCGGCAGCCGGGCCAGAACAACCGGAUCGAGGUGUCCGAUCCUAACGGUAAGAUAUUUGGAAUGGUCGACGCGAAGACGGCGUCGGUGAUCGUUCCGCUUCUAGACUCGCCGGCUCUGAAGGUGAAUAUUACCGCCCGGUUGGACGUCCGGAGGAGAAAGGACGACGAGUGGCCCUGGGCGCCUUGCUCAUAUGCAUACCGAGCCUCUGUCAAUUUGUAUGGCCUGAGAAAGGAUGCGGAGCUUGUGGGGAAGCAUCUGGGUCAGCAUAAUGUCUGGCUGGGGACGCCAUUUUCUGUGGAACAAGGCGUUCCUGUGCACAACCCCCAUGCAGAGAGGCGACGGGCUCAAGCGGCGAUGCUGCCUGCGGCAGCUGCGAGGGGCCGGGUGGGAGUCAACUAUGAAGUGCGUACAGCCGAAGAAGUAAACGACGCGGUGAUGAAAAUGUUCGAUCAGCUGCAGAGCGCCGAAAAUCUGCCCGAGAUGGACCCUCCGUCUUCUUUGAUCACACCAUUGCUUCGACAUCAGAAGCAGGCACUUUGGUUCAUGACAGAGAAGGAGAAGCCGCGCAAGUUUGGGCCCAAGGAGGCGGACAAUAACUCUCUCUGGCGGAUGGUUUAUCGCUCUAAUGGAAAGAGGCGGUACCGAGAGAUCAUCAGCGGGAUGGUGCUAGAUGAAGAGCCUCCACAGAGUCUGGGAGGACUGCUGGCGGAUAUGAUGGGGCUGGGUAAGACCUUGAGUAUUCUCUCCUUGGUUCUUUCUUCUUUGGAGGAGGCCAGCCAGUGGGCGGAUUCAAUCCCAGAUCCCGAGCUAGUCCGCAGCUCGCCGGGCAUCCGCAAUACCAAGACGACGCUUCUGGUGGCGCCCCUCAGCGCGGUCAACAACUGGACCAACCAGAUCAAGGAGCAUCUGCGGGAAAAUGCGCUUUCGUUCUAUGUUUUCCAUGGACCGGCACGGACGAAUGACGUGGAAGAAUUGUCCAGGUAUGACCUAGUGAUCACCACGUACAGCAUCGUCCUCAGCGAGCUGUCUGGACGAGGCGCAAAGCGUGGCGUAAGCCCUUUGACCAAGAUGAACAUGUUCCGCAUUGUUCUGGAUGAAGCGCACACAAUCCGCGAACAGAGUGCAGCACAGACCCAGGCCAUUUUUAAGCUCAACUCCCAGCGACGAUGGUCCGUGACCGGAACGCCCAUCCAGAAUCGCCUCGAAGACCUCCUCUCGGUCACCAAGUUCCUGGGGCUCUUUCCUUAUGACGACCGAGGGCGGUUCGGAAUGCACAUCCUCAGUCGCUUCAAAACGGGCGAUGCAUCAGUACUAGCCAGCUUGCGGGUGCUGGUGGAUUCUUUCACCCUUCGCCGGGUAAAGGACAAGAUAGAUCUUCCGGCACGGCACGAUAAGAUCAUCAUGCUCACCUUUACGGAGAAGGAACAGCAGUUGCAUGAGUUCUUCCGCAAGGAGUCCAACGUGAUGAUGCGGGUAAUUGCCGGUGAGGAACAGUCCAAGAUGAAAGGUCGCAUGUACCACCACAUCCUCAAGGCCAUGAUGAUCCUCCGACAGAUCAGUGCGCAUGGCAAGGAACUCCUCGAGCCAGACGACCGCAAGCGUAUCAAAGGGAUGAGCGUGCACGACGCAAUCGAUCUCGAAGAGGGCGCAGGCGACGCUGCCGGAGCCACGGACAAAAAGGCUUACGAAAUGUUCACACUCAUGCAGGAGACUUCCGCAGACACAUGCGCUGUAUGCGGGAAGCGCCUGGAGGAGCCAAGUUCCGACAAUGGUCCGACCGACAAGCAAACAGCCAUGGCGAUCCUGCUGCCGUGCUUUGAUGUCCUGUGUCCAGACUGUUUCUCGGGGUGGAAACACGCUUUCGACCGUCCAGUGGGCUCCGUACACGAUAUUAAAUGCCAAGUUUGUGAUGGCUGGAUGCCCGCCUCGUAUUCCACCAUCACGGCGCUGGUAACACAGCUCUUGGAAACAGCCGACGAGAGUAAGAACCAGGGGCCUGGGGAGCGGCCGAUCAAAAGCGUGGUGUUCUCGGCGUGGACGUCGCACCUGGACUUGAUCGAAAUUGCGCUGCGCGACCACGACAUCACCGGGUUUACGCGGCUCGACGGGACGAUGAGUCUGGCAGCGCGAAGCAAGGCGCUGGAAGAGCUUCACAACAACCCAGAUAUCACGGUGCUCCUGGCGACAAUUGGGGCCGGCGGCGUGGGUCUGAACCUGACAGCGGCGUCGAAGGUGUAUAUAAUGGAGCCCCAGUACAAUCCGGCGGCAGUGGCACAGGCCGUGGAUCGGGUUCAUCGCAUUGGACAGACGCGCGAAGUGACGACAGUACAGUUCUUGAUGAAGGGCAGUAUCGAGGAGAAGAUCUUCGAGCUUGCGAAGAAGAAGCAGCAAUUGGCAGAUCUGAGUCUGAAUCGGGGGAAGCUGGAUAAGAAGGAGGUGCAGGAGCAUCGCAUGCGCGAAUACCGGAGUUUAUUCAAGUGA